UUAAUUUUACUAUUUAUUCUUAUUUUAUCAAAAUAAUUGUUAGAAACGCAAAUAUCAUCGAAAAAGGAGCCGUUACUACGGAUUUUUUAUUAUCUAUGUCAAUACCAUUAUUUAUUCUUUUCUGGCCCAUAUGGAUACUGGCUACACAGUUUAAAUAAAAAUAAACGUGAAAUCUCUUGUACGGCGUUGUCGUAGAAACCACUACAAACCGUUAUUUAUUUUUUACGUUUGUCUUCAAACUAUUUUCUAGCCUCGGCAGUGUUCUUAUUUCUUAAAAGCAUUUAAUAUCAAAAUAGUCGCGGACGAAUUUUUUUUUUUGUUUAUCGAUAUUAUUUGUGUAUAACUGUCUAACAGUAUUUAUAUACUUCUAUUGUAAAGAUAGUUUCAUAUAACAUGGACUUAUCAACUUAUUCAAUUUCAAUUGACUCAAGUACCGGUAUAUCAGCCGACGACGAGCUGGUCUCAGAACAGACAGCGUCUCUGGCAGCUGGACAGCCACCAUCGCCGAAUGACAACAGCAUACCCUGUGAAAACAUUCAUAAUUUCCCUAAUACUGCUACUAACAAAUCGAUCACGGAACUUUUAGCAUCUCCGGCAACUGAACCACCGCAAUCGCCAAAUGACGACAACAUAUCUUGUGAAAACAUGUAUGAUUGCUCUGAUACCGACACGAACAAGCCAAUCUCGGAACUAACAGCGUCUACGGCAGUUGAAUCACCACCAUCGCCGAAUGACAAAAACACACCUCGUGAAAACACGUAUAACUUCCCUAAUACGUCUAUAGACAAGUCGAUCUUGGAACUGACAGAGUUUCCAGUAACUGAACCACCACCAUCACCGAAUGAAGACAAUACAUCUUGUGACAACAUCUAUCUUUACUCUGGUACUGCUACAAAUCAACCGAUCACAGAGCUUUCAGCAUCUCCGGAAGCUGAACAGUCACCAUCGCCGAAUGACGACAACAUAUCUUGUGAAAACAUGUAUGAUUGCUCUGAUACCAACACGGACAAAUCGAUUUUUGAACUAACAGCGUCGGUGGCAGUUGAAUCGCCACCAUCGCCGAAUGACAAAAACACAGCUUGUGAAAACAUGCAUAAUUUCCCUAAUACGUCUAUAGACAAUUCGAUCUUGGAACUGACAGAGUUUCCAGUAACUAAACCACCACCAUCACCAAAUGACGACAAUACAUCUUGUGAGAACAUCCAUCGUUACUCCGGUACUGGUACAAACCAACCGAUCACGGAGCUUCCAGAGUCUCCAGCAGCCGAACUACCAUCAUCAACGAAUAAUGACGACACAACAUCUUUUGUAGACAACAUGUAUCGUUAUACUGAAACUUUAGUGAACAAACCGAUAUCGGAGCUUCCUACUAUUUACGAAGACAAAUCGAUCGUAGAGAAUGAAUCUGAAGAAGACAGAUCAACACCUUUACAAAAUCGAGACCAAGUGUCUUGUAUAAUUGAUAUGCAUUCCAAUCCAGCAGAUUUCACGGGUAAUCCGAUCGUGAAUAUCCCGUCGCUGGAAGCCGGGCCACCGCCGCUAGAUCAAAACGAAAAUGUGUGUUUGUACACUGUGCUGUGUCCGUCUGAUGAUGGUUUUUGGCCUAGACUAACAUGCAUACUUGCUUUCUUGUCGUUAUUUGUCGUCGACGGUAUCUGCUCGUCGUUCUUCUUACUGGACAGCCGCGUUGGAAUGGCCGAAUAUUUGCCAUCUGGAACGUACGCUCUCGAACAUUUGGCAGUUAUCUACUUAUUUCGUUAUUUGACCGAACCGUUUUCGUGUGCGUACAUAAACCGCUACGGUUUUAGGUACUGUCUAUUUAUUGGAAGUCUAUUAUCUAUCACGUGGAUCGCAUUGUUAUACUUUAUUGAAAACGCACUUGUUUACGAAUAUUUAUUUUUGGCCAUCAUUGGAGGUAUUGGAAUGGGUAUGAUUAAAACGUCGUUCUACGUUUUGCUUUCCACGCUGUUCGUAGUAAAUCGUCAUACGGCGCAUUUAUCUCUCCAUCUAGGAAGCAUCAGUGGGAUGAUGUUUAUGCCACCUGUAACCGAAUACUGUCUACUUUUUGCAGACUGGAAAACAGCAUUAUAUAUUCACUUGUUGUUGAUGUGCUUCACACUGGUGUUCUGGUUGUUUAUCGCCACACCGGUACCGGUUAAAGUUGAACCCAUCGACGAUAAAGUCAUUAACAAUCCGGUAAGUCCUCGCCGAUUAAAAACCGUGACAAAGAUUUGGAACGUUCAGAACUUUGCAAAAAAAUAUCAACCUCCAACCCUUAAUACCGAGAUUGGAUAUCAACAAUUUUGGGUAGGGCGAUUUUUAUCGAGCAUUCCUAUGUUUUCCAAUACACGGCCAUCAAAUUCUGUCGUCUACAACUUAAAUUGGUUAUACGACGAAGACAGAAUUCAUAUGUUGGACGUCCGAAAUCUUACCAACAUAUUUAAAAGCGGCUUGAUUGGCAGUCGGCCAAUGUAUAGAGACGAUGUUUUGUUCGACGGCAAUGUCUCCUUUUUGGAUCCUGAUUUAAAGAAUGUUAGGACAAAGAGAAUAAACUAUAGUGAAUACGUGAUGUCGAUGACUCGAAUUUGCUCGGUGGCCGACGUGAAAGAAGAAACAUAUAACAGAUGGUGCUGGAAACCACCGAUAGCGAUGAAUAGAGUUUUCCGUUCUAUGUUACAUAUGCCAAUCUGGCUAAAUGACGAAUUCAUUUUAACGGCUAUAAGUGAAGCAUUAGUUCACACGGCAUGUUUUGUUCCAUUUAUGUCCAUUAAAGGUCCAGUUGGUCAGAAGCAUUCGGCAGAGGCAGUGAUCACCCUUAUCGCUGGUUGCUGUGGUCUAUUCGCCGGUCGGGGGCUUGGAUAUUUGUUGCACGAAAAGUCAAGAAAAUCUGUAGCAUUGUAUCAUGUUGGAUUAACAUUAAUGACCAAUGGGCUAUCAUUACUUAUGUGUGCUAUGGCAACUAGUGAUUUUGCAAAAAUGUUACCGUACUUCGGACUAUUUGGAUUUUUCUUUGGGUACUACAAGUCAAUUCAAAACGUAGUGCUGUAUUCUGUUUUUCCAAUAAGAAAAUUGAAUAACGUAUACGGACAAAUAUCAUUGGUUCGGGCUGUUUCGUCGUUUGCUGGAAUUUUAAUCGCAGUAUAUAUUCAACGGCCAGGGAACGAAAACCGGUCGGUUUUGGGCAACAGCGAAGACGUAUACGUUUUCGCUGGUCUACUCAUGUUGGUUGGAGGCGUUUUUGUAUUCAUUUUAAUGCAGUCGGCGCGUAUCGCCGCCACCGCCGCUGCCACCGUCAAUUCGCGAGAGCCAGUAAGACGCGAAAACCAAAACGUAUUCGGCCGUGACGACGACAAUGUUGGCGACAGUAACCGUAAUAACGAGCGAAACGCAAACAAUUAUAUUGUAUAGAGCAAAAUAUUAUGUUGACGCUUUAUAAAAUUAUUAUCUCACGAUCAGCACGUGUGGAUUUUACCUAUGAUAAAUGUUAAAAGUUAUAUAAAGAUGAUAUAUUUCAUUAUUUUUGAAUAUUGAACAUUGAUUACGAGUUACGAUAAAUAAUAUGAAAAUUUUAUAACGGAAUAUACCGUUUUCGAAUGUUGUGUGUAAACUGUCACGACGUUUAAUUGAGUAAAUCGUACACUCGUAAAAUUGUACAAAUAAUGUGUAUGGUUAUAAUUUAUUGUUCAUAAUUAUUAUGUAAAUAUAUAUAUAUAUAUGUUAUAAAAUAAACUCUGAAUUUGUAUGUA